CAAUUCAAUUUACAUGCAUACAAUGACAACAUGCACCUGAUUACGUAGCACGCAGUUUCAACUCGCCGAUCAAGCAUAGAUUUUGAAGUUCUACUGACUCUAAACUGGACGACAUCUGGAUAUUUUUCUUACGAUUUAAAAACCUGUUUCUUCCUGUACGUGUGUGUACUUUAUAACUGAAAUAUGGAAGACUUUAUGAAGAUUGAAAAGUUGGGAGAAGGUACGUACGGUGUUGUGUACAAGGGCAAGCACAAAAGGACUGGAAAGAUCGUUGCUCUGAAGAAGAUUCGGCUGGAGAGCGAAGAGGAGGGAGUACCAAGCACAGCCAUCAGAGAAAUCUCACUACUAAAAGAGCUCUAUCAUCCAAAUAUUGUUAUGUUGGAAGACGUUCUGAUGGAACCGAAUAGGCUGUACUUGGUCUUUGAAUACCUGACGAUGGACCUCAAGAAGUACAUGGAAUCACUCAAAGGAAAACAGAUGGAUCCAGCACUAGUCAAGAGCUACCUUCAUCAGAUGGUCGACGGUAUCCUUUUCUGCCACAGUCGUCGUAUCCUGCACAGAGAUCUCAAACCCCAGAACCUUCUCAUAGACAACAAUGGUACCAUCAAACUGGCAGACUUUGGGCUUGCUAGAGCGUUCGGUAUCCCAGUCAGAGUUUAUACUCAUGAAGUCGUCACUCUAUGGUAUCGUGCCCCUGAGGUUCUCCUGGGUUCCACGAGGUACGCCUGCCCUAUCGACAUGUGGAGUUUGGGCUGCAUCUUUGCCGAGAUGGUCACCAAGAGACCCCUCUUCCACGGCGACUCAGAGAUUGAUCAACUCUUUAGGAUAUUCAGGACCCUUGGCACACCGACGGAUGACAUAUGGCCCGGUGUGACACAGCUCCAGGACUACAAGUCAACCUUCCCGAUGUGGACAAAGCCCAACAUCAAGGGAGCGGUCAAAGGCAUGGACGAGGGAGGACUAGAUCUGCUAGAGCAAAUGCUUAUAUACGACCCUGCCAAACGUAUUACAGCUAAAGCCAGCAUGAGGCAUCCCUACUUCGACAAUAUUCUACCCCUCUCUGACCGUCUCCAGCCCAUCAGGAGCUAGUCUUCCCAUUUCCGUCUUUAAUCUUGUGUAAAUGGACUUUGUUAAGAGUGAGAAUACCCAACCAACGAUGGAUGAAUAUAUUGGAAGAAGUUGGUUUAUGUUCCGUCGAUGUAUGAUAAUAUUUGUGGGUAAAAUGUGAUGUUUGUGUUUCCCCGAUCGUAAGGUGUACAGGUAAGCAAUGAGCACUUUGUUCUUUUUUUCCUGAUGUUAAUCUUUCCUAUUAAUUUGUGUUGUUAUGGUAGAGAAGUUUGUUUUAAUAAACCACUUACGGAUGACCUCUUCA